CGCUCCAGCGAGCGCGCCCCGGCCCUGCGCCCCCAACGUCCCCCAACCGCCGCCCAGUCCCGAGGGCGCCAUGAGGAGCCCGCGCUGCGCCCCGCUGCUGCUCCUGCUGCUGCUGCCGCCGCUGCUGCUCACGCCCCACGCCGGGGACGCCGCCGUCAUCACCGGGGCCUGUGACAAGGACCCCCAGUGUGGUGGAGACAUGUGCUGUGCUGUUAGUAUCUGGGUUAAGAGCAUAAGGAUUUGCACACCUAUGGGCAAAGUGGGAGACAGCUGCCAUCCGCUGACUCGUAAAGUUAGUUCCAUUUUUCGGGCGGAGAAUGCAUCACACGUGUCCAUGUAUGCCGGGCUUGUCCUGUUUACGGACCUCAUUUAAUCGAUUUGUUUGUUUAGCCCGAAAGUAAUCACUUUAGAGUAGAAAUUUGAAAUGUGAACAGCCGCGUGAUGUCUGUAAAGUCUAUUUACUUGUGAUUGUGCCAAACAAAUAAUAUGCCAGAAAGAAAUGCUGUUGCUUCCUCAACUUUCCGAGUAACAUUUCUAUCUUUGAUUUUUAAAUGAUGUAUUUUUUUUUAUUGAAGGAGGAUUUUAGUUUUGGAUAGAAAUGUAAAGUGCAAGGCAUUAUGGAACCAGUUCUCAUGUCCCUGUUUGUGUUUUGGUUUGGUUUGGCUUUUCUUUAUGCCAAUAACUCACCCAUUUUUACAAAAAUGAGGACAAUAAGAAUUUGAUAUUUUGUUACAGAAACUUUUUUUCUUAAACUCCCAUCCCCCCAGCCCUGCCCCAGACACACACAUACACACACACGCACACAUACAGCCCUUUUGGUCUCUCACUCCUCAAAGAAUUUUAAGUCUGUCACUCUAUUCUUUGCCGUUUCCCUCUCUGACCCUCUAGCAUUUUAAAGUGUGUGCAUGGGGUCCGUAUCCUUUAACUUGCUGGCGGAAUCACUGAUAAGAAUCAAGCUUUUUGCCUGAUACUUAAACAGUGAAAAGAGUCUGUAGUUGAACCAGACACUCCAAAGUUCUCUUAUAUGGAGUGGAGGUGGGGUGCUUCUAAACUUCCACUGAACUUGUCUAUGCAAGUGGACUUCAGGUCUGCUGUUUGACUGGUGUGAGGACAGAAGACAUGGAAAGUCGGAUUAGUUUAGUCCAGAUUUGUAGUUUGGGUU